ACGCACACACACACACACACACACACUAUUCGCAAUCUGUCGUUUACAUAGUUUUGAAGACGGCAGUUCAGCAGCGAAAAAAAGGGCUGACUGGAUUCUCUGAGACACACUUCAGAGGGAAACAGUUUAACCUGCGCUCGAGACGCAGAGAGGCGCGCGUCCGUCAGUAGCUUUCUUCUAGUGUGCGUCACAUCGUUGCGUCUCCUGUCCGCCGCAGUUUCGCUGAAGCCAUAAACGCCACAUUACUGAAAUAAAGGACACGAGUCUCAAAAGAGGAUUCAAGAACAAGGAUAAUAUUUUAACCACAAUGCCAAAAAUGGUUUCAUCUGGGGAUUCAAAAGAUGUGUCAAAGACAUCACAGAGCAAUGGACACCACACAUCACAGAUAUUUCAUUGUUUAACGACCCUCGUAUGUUUUAUGUUGUCGGCGUCUUCGGUGGCAGUUUGUCUGUUUAUGAACGUCAAAACUUCUCAUCUUGAGCGUAAAAUUGAGCUUCUAGAGAUGGAGCGACUGUCUGUGAUUCAACCUGUGCACGCGACACUAGAUGCGCACGCGACUUUUCGGGAUGCGAUAGAGAAACUUGUACAAGAGAGACUCGAAGAAGGAGUGUCGAAAAUUCGCACAGCUCGAGAAGCAGCGCAAGAGUGCUCGUGUCCUCCAGGUCCUCCAGGAAAACGUGGAAGAAAAGGCAACCCUGGAAUUCCAGGCCCUCCAGGACGGGAUGGCUACCCGGGUCAAAUGGGUAUGGAUGGACCUCCAGGUCCAAAUGGCAGUCAGGGAAUGCCGGGACCAAAAGGAGAUAAGGGUGACCAGGGAGACAUGGGUCCCAGGGGACCACCGGCCUUCGCUGCCUCUGCAGGCCUGCUCAGUAAUCAGAUUCUCACGGUUAAGGGUGAUCAAGGUCAGGCUGGGCCCCCAGGACCUCCAGGAACACCUGGUCCCAGAGGGCCUCCAGGAAACACAGGCAGAGAUGGGCCGCAGGGCCACCCAGGAGAGCCGGGUCCUCCUGGAAAAGAUGGAAAUGAGGGACCAAGAGGGCCACCUGGCAUGCAGGGUAUGAAUGGUGCCAAUGGCAUGCCUGGCCCACAGGGUCCUGUAGGGGAAAAGGGGGAUAAGGGUGCUCCAGGUACUGAAGGGAAGAAAGGGACUGAUGGAUCCCCUGGCACGAAGGGUGAAAAGGGGGAUUGUGGACAUCCUGGACCUCAGGGAGAAAAAGGAGCCACUGGCUUCAUAGAAAAUGCUGAUCUGGAUGUUAGACUCAAAGCUCUACAGGGGCCUCCAGGACCUCCAGGAGAGCAAGGGCCAAAAGGAGAAAUGGGCUUACAUGGGCCACCAGGACCUGAAGGAAAGCAGGGUCAUAAGGGAGAUAAAGGUGAUGCAGGAGAGCCUGGAGCAGCAGGAGCAAAAGGGGAAAAGGGGGAAAUUGGACUGAUAGGGCCUUCAGGUGAAGCAGGGCAAAAGGGAGAUAAAGGAGACUCUAGGUUUGAGGACAAUAUGGCCCAGAUUAUCUCUUUGCCUGGCCCACCAGGGCCACCUGGACCUCCUGGGCCUGCUGGAUAUCAUGGAUUGCCUGGACCCAAGGGAGAGCCUGGUGAAGCAGUUAAAGGAGAAAAGGGCGAUGCUGGAGAGAAAGGUCCACCUGGGCAGCGGGGUCUUCAAGGCUUUCCAGGGUCUAAUGGCUUGAUAGGCCUGCCAGGUGCAAAAGGUGAAAAGGGGAAACAAGGUGAACCAGGUUUAGAUGGUUUCCCAGGACUUCAAGGAGAAAAGGGGGACAGAGGAGACAAGGGGGAAAAGGGUGACAGAGGUUCAAUAGGGAAAAAAGGUCUGAAAGGACAGAAGGGAGAGCAGGGACCUCCAGGGCUUGAUCAGCCUUGUCCUGUGGGGCGUGAUGGGCUGCCCAUACCAGGAUGCUGGCAUAAGGUAUAAUUAUAUAUGUGAUAUGGAUAAACUAUGAGUCCUGCCAUAAUAGUGGGGAUAUUGCAUUAUGACUGCAGUAACUGCUUCCUUUUUGUGUCUUCUAACAGUUUUCUCCUAUUGCUCUCUUGCAGUAAUGACUAACCUGGAGCAUGGAGUUUGUACAUAUUGAUAUAUAUUUUGCAAGUAACAUUGGCUUUUUCUCCCAAUUCUUUUGUCAUUUCUUAUUUAAUAAACUGGGUUUUCAUAUGGGAGCCCCUGAAAAUAAUGUCUAUAUCACUGCAUUAACAAAGAGAGGCUCUCCACUGUCACAAUAACAAGUGUAGAAAAGCAAUGAAAUGGGAAUCAUAGGUGCUGUGACUGUACUGAUAUUGAGAAGAGACAUGAACUUGCUUGUGGAUGCACAGAGAAUGCUGCUGCUGACCUUAAUGAGAGAAAAUAACCCUGAACUUUCUAACAGACUGACCACUGUGUCUGCAAAUAAUUACUUCUUCCCUGGCUUACUUUCAUGGGUGCCAUUUAAAAAAACCAACCCCAUCCAUUGUUCACUAAAAGUUUGCUUUAAAAGGAAGAUGCUUCAGGGCAGGGUGGCAAAUCAAAGCACCCAUCUCAGCCCUUAAGGACACUGAAUGGGCUACAUGGAGUUUGUUUCCAGUGAAAGGGCUCACCUGUACUACAGGGAGGGACGCAAUGUGGACAUUGUACUGGAUUUGUACUGGUGUACAUAUGGACAAAUCUGUACUCAGGAAACUCUUUUCACUUGGUCAGUUGGAAACAACUUUUGCCCCAUUUCUCCAUAAAAUACACUUGUGGAGUGGUGGAAAAAACUGGUAACUGGUAUCAUGUACAGUUGUCUUAAGUCUUAUCUGUUUAGAUAGAGAUCCCUCAUAAACUAAUACAGCUUUGGUCUUUUAGCCUAUUCAUUGUUUUGUGGGGUUGUCCAUCCUCAAUGAGCAUUAUAUGAAGUGUGUGUAAAUAAAAUGUAUUAUUUUUACA